CCCUCCUGUAAUCAAAUGACAGAAGAGAAUUAUGUUAAAAAUUAUGCUUUGAAUGAAAAAAACAUACAAUAUAAAUCAUGGCGGAACAUGCAAUGCCAGCUAUAUGUGGUCCUUGCUUAGAAGGAGGUAAUAAAAAUCAAUCUGUGAAAUGGUGUACUAUUUGUGAGGAACAGCUAUGUUCAGGGUGUGUUCAACAUCAUCAAACUUUAAAACUAACAAGGAAUCAUUAUUUAACAGAAAGAAGAAUUGAUGGGGAUACUACACAUGCUACAGAAAACAAGGAAACAGUCUUUAACACACCUGAAACAUGCGUAUAUCACCCAUCAGUUGAAAUACAGUUUUAUUGCAAGAAACAUGAUAUUAUGUUAUGUGAUGCUUGUCUUGGUUCACACCAUUCAUGUUAUAGUGAUGUAGUUCCUAUUGACCUUGCUUCCAAUGGAACAAAAAAUUCACAAAAUUUUCACAGUCUGCAAACAGAAAUUACAAAUAUCUUACAAAGUUUCAGUACUAUUCUUGUAAAUAAGCAGACAGUUGAAAAAAUGUUUUCAAACGAGGUUUCUUCAGCAAAAAAGAAAAUUGUUGAAAUAAGACUAGAAUUAGUUAGAUACCUUGAGGAAAUAAUUGAUAGAACAUUAUUGAUGGAUGUUGAAAGUCAAGAAAAAGAAGUUCUCAAUCAAUUGAUGAAAGACAAAACAGUUGCAGAAGAUGGACGAAAAGAGGCUGCUUGGUUCUUAGAAGAAAUGUCUUCCAUAUUGAAUACAGGAUCAGACAAACAAGCAUUUAUGUUACUGCAAAGAUUGAAAGCUUUCAAGAAUGUAAGGGACCAACAACUGAAAGAAAUGUUUUACAACAUGCAUGCAUAUUCGUUGAAAAUGGAACUAACUGAUCCUGUUGAAUUGCGUUCUAAAAUGGAAUUACUAUUUGGAAAAGUUAACAUGGAGUCAACACCAUACAAUGUAAACAUGAUGCAAGGGAUGAAAAUAUCAGCUAUUUGUGCAACACCUUGCGAGCCAGUGAAGACUGAAAAAUAUGUAUACAGUGUAUCGAUAAUGGACACUGGUCAGCUUCUUGUUGUCGAGUUUAACCUUAUAUCAUCCUCUAAAGUAUUUUUAUUUACUGAUACUGGAAGUCGUAUUAGUGAGAUUAAAAUUCCUGGCACACCAACAGAUAGCACUGAAAUUCCUGGUGGAAAUAAAGCUGUUGUAUUAGUUGACAAUAAGAAACUUAUAUUUCUAGAAAAGGAAGAUACACUUCGUUGCAAAAAUAUCAUGAAGAUGGCAAAAGGUUGUAAUCUUAUAACCGCCUCUUUGAGUAAAUUAUAUAUCGCUUAUAAAAGUGAAAUUAUUGUAAUGGAUAUCAAUGGUCAUGAUGUUCAGUAUUUGAAGACCCUUCAAAUGUCAGGCGGUGUGAUUCAAGCUUUUUGUGUAGGUAGGAAUGACGAUGUGUAUUAUGCAAUUGCAGAUCGUUUAUAUUGUAUGAAGGAUUAUGGUGAGGAGGUUUGUCUGUACCAGACAAAAGAUUUGAUAGAUGUCUCUGGAAUUGCUCUUGACGCAGAAGGAAAUGUUUACAUUUGUGGUAAGACAUCAAACAACAUUCAUGUCUUGAAACAAAAGGAUAGCUCUGCGCAGGUUUUGUUGAGGGAAGGAAAUGGUCUACAGAAACCCAGCGGUAUAUGCUUUGACAAAUUCAGAAACAAGUUAUUUGUUUAUUACGAAUCUAGCUAUGAUCCUAUUCAAGUUUACAAUGUUACAAUGUAGAUGAUCCAUCAUGCAAACAUAACAUGCAUGAAAACCAUUACUGUUGUAUGUGUGCCCUAGAACUUUUACAAACUUCAAACAUUUGUACGUUCAAGACCAUGUAUGUAGAUUAGGGAGCUACCAUUUGAUUUUUAUGGGGGGCUAGAUUGAAAUUUGAAAAAAAAAGGCAGGACAGGAGUUUUGAGUAAAAACGAAAGGCAGGAUGAGCAACUUGGCCAAAAAAAAAGGCAGGAUGACAAUUUAUGUAAAAAAAGUCAGGGUAAACUAAUAAAAGGCAGGACCUAAUAAAGUAAAAAAUAAAAAGGCAGGACAGAGAUUACAACAAAUUUUUUCAUCCUAGCCACCCCAUAAAAAUCAAAUGGUAGCUCCCUUAGUA